GUUCUGGAUGCUUCUCCGAGUGCAGCAGGAAACCAAAUGCAGCUCCUCUUGAACUCACCAAUCCCAUCACAGUUUCAUUUGGGAGGAAUGCAGCACCAAAGCAGUGAAACCCUCCAGACUUCUCGGAAAGCGCUCUGGCUGCUCGCCAAAAAUACUUUCAGAAGGGCGCGAGCGAGAGCGAGAGCGCGAGCGCUCGGCCUCCCCGUUUGAUUGAUCUCAGGACCGAGUCAGCCAUCCGCAAAGAGGGGCAGCACCAAACGCGGCGCAGAGGGCAGCUCCGUCCGACCGGCUGAGUUCUGCAAGCACCGGAGGCCACGGAGAGAAGAAAUUUGCCUGAGCAAUGGACAGAUCAAAAGGGAAAAAGUCUUCGCAUGAACAUAAAGAUCUAGAAUCCCCCAAAGCACAAGGGAGCAGCAUCAGCGACUUCAGUGAGGAACCAGAAAUACGGAUUGUCCUCGUCGGGAAGACCGGAGGAGGGAAAAGUGCCACAGGAAACACCAUUCUGGGCGAAAAGAAGUUUGAGUCCACACUCUCCCCACAGCCAGUGACCCAGAUUUGUAGCAGAGAGGUCCGGGCAGAGAAGUGGAAAGGGAAACGAGUUGUCGUCAUUGACACUCCGUCGAUUUUUGAUGCCUGCAAUGCAGAACAGCUAAAUUUCCAGGAGAUUGACAAAUGCCACUCUCUCUCCCAGCCAGGCCCCCAUGCUCUGGUGUUUGUGACCCAGGCAGGCCGUUUCACUGAGGAAGACAACGUGGCCUUCAGAUGGGUGGAGGAGAUCUUUGGCCCGGAGGCCACGAAGUACAUGAUUGUCUUAUUCACCCGCAAAGAAGACGUAGACGUGGGAAGCCUGGAGAAGUAUAUAUGGCUGUCCGGAAACAGAUCCCUCCAGGAUUUGGUUGAGAAGUGUGACAGCCGUUGCUACCCUUUCAACAACAGAGCGACAGGAGAGGAACAGGCAUUGCAAGUGGAAGAGCUGCUGACUAAAAUAAAGUGGAUGAUGCUGAAGAAUCAGAACAAGCCGCAUCUGGAGCCGUUUUCAAGGGGAGCGCAGAAGAAACCAGAGGAAAAGAAGGAGGAAAUGGAUAUAGAGGAAGGGGGACAGAUCAAGUCCCCUACAGAGACUGGAAACAUCAGCUUCUCCCACGAGGAUCUAGAACUACGUUUUGUCCUCGUUGGGAAGACUGGAGGAGGGAAAAGUGCCACAGGAAACACCAUUCUGGGCGAAAAGAGGUUUGAGUCCACACUCUCCCCACAGCCAGUGACCCAGACUUGUAGGAAAGAGGUCCGGGCAGAGAAGUGGAAAGGGAAACGAGUUGUUGUCAUUGACACUCCGGCGAUUUUUGAUGCCCACGUUCCAGAACAGCAGGCUCUUCGGGAGAUCCAGAAUUGCCACUAUCUCUCCAAGCCAGGCCCCCACGCUCUGGUGCUUGUAACACAGGCUGGCCGUUUCACCAGUGAAGACAACGUGGCCAUAAAGAGGGUGGAGGAGAUCUUUGGCCCAGAGGCCACGAAGUACAUGAUUGUCUUAUUCACCCGCAAAGAAGACUUAGACGUGGGAAGCCUGGAGGAGUAUAUACGGCUGUCCGGAUACAGAUCCCUCCAGGAUUUGGUCAGAAGGUGUGAGAAGCGUUGCUGUGCUUUCAACAACAGAGCAACAGGAGAGGAACAGGCGCUGCAAGUGGAAGAGCUGCUCUCUCAGGUUGAGAAGAUGGUUCAGGAGAACAGGGGCAAGCCGUAUCUGAAGCCGCCCCCUCCAAGGGCAAUGGCCGCGAGGUCAGCUGAAGGGAGUCUUGCGGCAUUUCCAGAGAAAACAGCAGCAGGGAAAGUGGAGGGAGGUCACAAGAGUGCAGGAGAAUUGCCUGAAGGGCACCAGAAGAAGACACGCACAGAUCGGGCGAAAGAGGCAUUUACUACAAUGGGCUCUCGUUUUUUCUCCAAACAACCUUCCAAAGAAAUGAAGAAUGUGGGGGCAGAAGAGAAGCAGGAGGAUUUUAUAGUUCUGUAAGCAGUGCAAGAAAUAACUACAGAAGGAUUUCCGAUCAUUGAUAUACUCUCAUUAUUAUUGCAUGGCGCUAUUUCAUGGUCUUCAUCACCUUUGUCUUCUCAAUCUUCUUAUGAGAUUGGAGACACACACACACACACACCCCCAUUUAAAAGAAAAUCCCCAGAAGGACAAAUGAAUGAGGUGGAGAGAUUUCCAAGGCUACCCAGGGAAACCUCGGCUCAGCUAGGAAGUGAACCCAAUCUUAAGAACAUCAGGAUAUGAGAAGAGCCUGUUGGAUCAAGCCAAUGGGCUAUCCAGUCCAACAUCCUGUUUGCACAGUGGCCAACCAGAUGCCCAUUAUGGGAUGCCCACAAGCAGGACCUGAGCACAAGAACACUCUCUCCUCCUGUGGUUUCCACCAACUGGUAUUAAUUUCAUUCAUUCAUUCAUUGGAGAUCACUCAUGGCCGAGUAAGACUGUCUUCCAAGAUAAAGUCUUUAGCAGUGGGUCCGUAAGUGACUGUGGAGGCCAAUUCUGCAUCCACACAGCCUCCCACAGUGAGGACAUAAGUUUCCAGAUGAGAGAUGGUUGCGAAGAGCAUAGCCUCGUGGCUAGUAACCAUUGAUAGUCUCAUCAUACAAUAGUUUGUCUAAUCUUUUAAAGCCAUCCAAGAUGGCGGCCAUCUCUAUAGGCUUCAGCUGUAGACCUCUAGCCUAGUGAACUGCUUUGGAUAUAAGGGGGAGUCAGUGAGAGACUUAGGGUAGAGAGACACUCCCUCUUCUGCCGGUUCUAGUGCGUCUCCAUCUCUCUUUUCAGAAAAUGGGGGCACACGAUGCUAGUCACCCCAUUCCUUUUUACUGUGGAACCAGGUGGGAGCAGAUCCAGUGCAUUUUUUUAAAACUCAGCUUCAAACAGAUUUUGCAACUGAUUGGCAGAUCAACCCGUUGCCCCUCCAGGUGUGGCCAAUGGAAAUGCUUUGCUGUAGGCGACUGGUGUGCUCACAGCCUUUGUAACCUUGACAGCCUAGCGGGAGAGAAAACCUGUUCAUUUCUCCUGCUUUUUCCAAAACUCAGCAUUAGGGAUGCCGCAGAAAUCCGCAUCAAGUGGCCCCAGGUGCAGAUUGUUCACCUUUUCCACCCAUUUGCACACUAUCAGGACUCAACUCCCCACUUACAGACACCAGCCUAAUUGCCAUAUUGGGUUUUAAUUUUUUAAUGUUUUCUAGUUUAUCUAUUUAUUUUGCAUUUUUUCUUUUGUUGACUUUUUUCCUGACAGACAUUAGAGAAGAAAAAGAAAAUUUACAUAUACUCCAAAUCCUCUGUCAUGCUGAGGUGAGGAUGGCUACCAAUGACUGUUCCCUUUGUUUUCAAAAAAGUUAAAAAAAGAGAGGCCCUUUUAAGCAAAAAACAGGAGGUGGAAAAUAAAGAAGCAGAGUGGAGUUGGGGGAGUUCGAAAAAAAGGGAGGGGGAAUUAUUCCUUUUUGGUCUGACCAAGACCAGCCUUGCAGGGCUGGUGUGUGUGUGUGUGUGGAGAUGAGGAUUCUUUGCCUAUGAAUGGGUGCAAGUGAGCAAGACAGAAGCAGCCUGCAUGCAAAACUGACCCAGUCAGCAAUCUAGUUUCAGCUUGCAGGCUUCACAACUACACAAGUGACUUCAGAACUUGCGUUAAACCAAAAAUUACAUCACUACGCCUCUUCUUUUCCCUAAGAAAUAACUGUGUACUUAACUAUAAGAACAAUGACAUGCAUCACAAAUAAUUAAUAAAAUAAG